AUGUCGGAUUAUUAUUUUAAUAAACAAGAAGAGAAAAUAAAAUCAGCUAGAAAACCGACCAAUUUUCUAUCAGAGUCUGAAGAUUCCAAUACGCACCCUUAAUUGAGGAAUGCUUAACGGUUUUUGUAAUUAUCAAUUUAAAGAAAGUCAGCCGUAAACCAAAGAUUACAUAAGAACUAAUUAAGCUACAACAACCCUAAAUCUAAUAUGUUUCUGCUGUAUUUAAUUGUGCUAUAUCAAGUAUGUCCCAGAACCUAUUCCAAUACCAGAAGCAAUUAGACAAAUUGAUAAAAAAAUAUAGGCAUAUCGGAGAGUAAUGGAAUUAUCGAAAAAACAAAAAGAAUUGCAGGAUUAAUAAAGAAUUACAGAAGAAAGUUCUGCUUAAAAGCACUUUGUUGACUUUUUUACCAAUCCUAAUAUAUAAUUACAAUACUAAUAAGAUAAUGUUAAAGAGGAAAAAUAAGUAUCAGUCUAAUAAAGCUGUGAUGAGAUUCAAACAAAUUAAUCACCUCAAAUUAAAAAGCAACCAAGGUAAUAGUACUAUUCGGAAGCUGUGAAAAAUCGAGAUCGCAUAUAUAAUAAUAUGAUUGAACGUUUUUUUGCAAAAAGAUAAAAUCCAGCUAUGUUUGCAGUAAUAAAUGGCAGAUAUUAAACAUUAGAAAUUAAAGAAGAAACCUCCUGCUCUAAAUAUAACAUCAAAGAAUAAAAUUUAAUCAGGAAAUGGAAGGAUGGAUAUAGAGGAACAUAAAUUGAGAGUUUAUAAUCGAGAAAAUGUUCCUACUAUGCCUGAAUUAAUCAUCCCAACUUUUUUGAUUAAAAAAGACUCUAUUGCAAAAAAUAUUAUGGCAUAUCUAGUAAAUUUGUUUCAUUUAGCUAUUAGAAAGAUUACUCACCUAUUUAUAGACAAUAGAAUAAUAAUGAUUAUCCUAGAUGUGUAUAAAACAUAAUAGAAGAUUAAGAAGAUGUCAUUAAGAAUGAUAAAAAUUGA